AUGCCUCUCAUAAAUAACGAGAAAUACGCUUGUGACUCGUGCAUCAAAGGCCAUCGUGUCAGCGGGUGCACGCACUCAGAUCGUCCACUAAGACACAUCAACCCCAAGGGUCGUCCUGUCAAGCAGUGCGAACACUGUCAGAAGGCUCGCAAGACCAAGUCGCACCACGCCCGCUGCGACUGCGGUACUAAGAAGGACAAAGCCAAGGCGGAGAAGGCGGCUGCCGCUGCCGCUGCCGCCGGCGCAAGCGAAGGCGAGCACGAUGGUCACGUCAACAUUGAAACGGCCCUGAGCCUUGCUGGACCCUCGCACGGCUGUGCCUGCCAUCUCGGCGAGCAAUGCCACUGCGGCAUGAAAAAGGACCUGGAUCUCAAGCUGGACACGGGCUUCACCAAGAAUGUGCAGCUCAGCAAGGCCAAGCCACGUCUCACGAGUGCCCACUCGGAGACGACGCUGACCGUCUUUGCCAACGGGCACCACAAGCCAUGCCACCGCUUGAACAACUCUGCUCACACCUCGGGCGCUCCGUACCGGAUACCGCGGCACCACACUCCCCACGGCAGCAGUGUUCACAAGUCUCACGACAAUCUCGCCGAGAUGUACAGCCGCACCAUGGACCCAGCCCGCCGCUCGGUUGACAGCUUGAACCUGAACAAUUCUGCAUAUGGUUACUUUCCUCCGCAGAGCACGGCAGAGAGCGUGCCCAUGACCCCUCUUGCUGCCAGCUUGGAGAAUGACUGCUCCAUCUUCGAUCCCUCGAAAUACGCCUACAACCAGCAAAGCGCACUGAGCAAGAUGGUUGGAGAGGCGCCCGAUCACCAUGGCCUGCCCAUGUCGGAAAGUCUGCCGGUGCACACUUACUCGUGGGUGAACAGCAUGUACGCCCCUGCCCCGCAGUACGGGGUGGACAGCAUAUCCACCUCUCCUACUGGCGAUCUUACCCCGGAUUUUGACUACAACAUUCCUUCGGCUGCUGCGGACAUGACUACCAACCCGUACCCCUGGUCUGCUGGCGAUCUUCCCCUGGAUCCGAACAAGCUCUCGGACUCGCUGCAGCCCGUCUCCCACAGCGGGGAUUCGAACCGCCAGAGUGUCCCGGGCAUGACCACCUCGUCUUCCGGCGCACAAUCCGAGGUUGGUGAACCUGCUCUGUUUGGCGACAUGGACUUGAACAAGAUGCAGCAAGACCCUUCUGUCAGCGAUCGGCAGCUGAUGAACGAUCCCUUCCAGAUGCGGGAUCCUCAAUCUUACCGUCUCAGCUCAGCAUCGCUCAGCCAGCAAGAUGUUCGUCAACAAAUGCCGACCUCGGUUCCGGCAAAUGAGCCUCGUCAGAACUUGGACCUUGGCUUCAUGCCGAGCUCUCAAGAUGGCAACGUCAUGGGUCAGCCGGCGGUGUUCGGCACCAGUGCGCUCGACAGCCAGGCCAUGUUCCAGACGUCGGCUGCUGCUCCGUCAGGGUUCCCGGAAGCUACCUUCACUGCUGCCAAUUAUAGCGCUCCUAUGAACGCACCCCAGACCGGACUUGACACAGCGGCCACUGCAAACUCUCAAGGCUCAGACUGGUACAAUAUGCUCGGCACUGGUAUGGGCGUGAAUGGCUUCUCAGUCCCUGUAGAACCGAUGAGCAGCCAGAACGCGGAAUUCCCGUCGUGGUUAUAA